AUACUAACAUCAGUUUGAUCGUUUUUCACACAUAUAAUUCAUUUAACUAAUAUUACUAUCAUGUUGUUUUUGUUGUUGAGGACAAACUUUAGAUUUUUGGGAACAUUUAUAAUCUUUACAAAGCGGCAAUACAAGACAGACACGUUUGCAAGUGUAACUCCAUCCCAAAGUGACUGACCAAUAGGAGAGCUGAGCGCGUGUGCCAGUGCAAACAGAGUGAAUAAAAGCUCAGCAAUAUUUAAACACAACGUCUGCUCUGUCACACGCUCUGCCUGAAGGAAAAGAUCAUUUAGCAACAACAAUGAUUGUAAACCAUGUGCUGUUUUCUUCUGGAACUCAAGGUGUUUCUGUCAUUUUUUUGCUCCAUUUACUUUUAACUGAGGCUACGGAGUUACCCAGCUGUAAAGAGUCUGACUACCAUUUUGAGUACACAGACUGUGAUGUUUUGGGCUCUCGAUGGAGGGUGGCGAUACCCAACAAACCAGAGACCUGCACUGGCCUGCCUGACCCAGUCAAAGGCACACAAUGCACGUUCACUUGUAAUGAAGGUGAAUUCCUGGACAUGAGGACUCAAGAGUGUCAGAAAUGUGCUGCAGGGACCUAUUCUCUCGGGACGGGUGUUGCUUUUGACGAGUGGGACAGUUUGCCCACCGGCUUCGUCACCCAUGGCAUCAACAUGAACUUUGGAGACACAUACACAAAUUGCUCCAACUCAACGUGGAUCCCGAAAGGUGACUAUAUUGCCUCAAACACAGAUGAGUGCACUUCAACUUUUUCAUACGCCGUGAGUCUGAAGAAGCCCGGCUCUGUGUCCUUCCAGUACAUCUAUCCAGACAACCACAUGUUUUUUGAGUUUUAUGUGCAGAAUGAUCAGUGUCAGUCCACAGACUCUCAGAACCGCUGGAUGAGGAUUUCAGAGAGCGACUGGGAUUAUCAUUAUGUACCGUUGAGCAGUGGUAACAAUGUCUUGUACUGGAGAACAACAGGUUUCUCAUUGUCUGCUAACACUGCCAAACCGGUACUGCUUAAGAAUAUUGCCAUCUCAGGGGUCUCUUAUACAUCUGAGUGUUUUCACUGUAAGCCUGGUACUUACAGUGAUAAACCAGGAGCUGCUCGCUGUGUCCCGUGUGCUGCUAAUUCAUACUCUAAUAAAGGAGCCACUGCUUGUCAAACGUGUGAUAUGGACAAAUAUUCAGGUAUUGGAUCUGGAGCUUGUACACAGAGACCGGCCUGCAAAACCUCUGAUUACUUCUACACCCACACACCCUGUGAUUCCAGCGCUCAGACUCAGCUGAUGUAUAAGUGGACUGAGCCCAAGAUCUGCAGUGAGAGUUUGGAGGGUGCAGUGAAGCUCCCGGCAUCAGGAGAGAUGAUGUCCUGUCCUCCGUGCAAUCCCGGCUUCUUCUCCAGCAACAGCUCCAGCUGUGAACCCUGUCCACGCGGCUUCUACUCCAACGGCACUGAAUGUUCUGAAUGUCCUGCUGGAACUGAGCCAGUUGUGGGUUUUGAGUAUAAAUGGUGGAACAAAAUGCCCAGUAACAUGAGGAGUUCAGUCUUAAGCUCUGAAUACAGCAGCACAGACAGGAGCACAGGUUGGGAGGUUGCCGGUGAAUACAUCUACACCACACCGAGUGAUCAGGAUUCUGACUACAUGAUGCUGACGCUCACAGUACCUGGAUACAGCCUGCCUCAUUCCCUGCGUGAAGACAAUGAGAGAGUCGAACUUUCCAGAAUAACAUUUGUGUUUGAAACCAAGUGUACAGCUGAUUGUAAACUGUAUUUUAUGGCAGGACAAAAUGAAAGGAAUAACAUGGUUGUGGAGAGUUGGUCUGGCACUAUAGGAAAGCAGUCCUACUCGUAUCUUAUUAAAACUAACAGCACAGUUAGCUUCAGCUGGGGGUUUCAGCGUACUGGAGCUUUUGACAUGAAGAAUGAAUACAGCUCUGACCUUGCUAAGAUCUACUCUGUUCAUCUCACUAAUGUGAUUGGUGGCGUAGCUUCAGAAUGUCGCCAAUGUGCUCUGACUGGCACUGACAGUGACUCCUGCGUCUCCUGUGCUCCAGGGCACUACAUGGUCUAUGGUACUGGGGUGUGCAGACACUGCCCCCAAAACACCAUCAUCAGACCCGAGCAGCCCGUCGGAAAAGAAGCCUGCAUUCCUUGUGGACCUAAUACAUACAGCAAUAAAGGCCGUUCUGCAUGUAUGAGCGACUGUACAUUAGCACUGGAUCAUAAAGGAGAGUCUCUGUACUAUGAUUUCUCUUCAAUGGGAAACAUCACAGGCUUCCAGAGCAGCCCGCGCUUUACCAGCAAAGGGCUGCAAUAUUUCCACCAUUUUAGCGUGGCUCUGUGUGGAGCAGAGAGCAGGGCUGUUGCAUCCUGUGUGGAGAAUGUGACUGAAAGCAAGAGGGAGGUGAAAGGAUAUAUCUGUCAGUCCACGGUAGUACCUUCUGAGAUCAGGGGUCAAAGUGUUGUGUCCUCUCAGCCCUUCAGUAUUGGAGACACUUUAAUCGGAGUGACUACCGAGUCCAAACUUGAUGACAUUUCAUCAUUUGUUGGCAACUUUCCUGUUGAAUCAGACCUGCCUGAUGUUAUUUUUUACUACAGGUCUAGAGAAACUACACAAGCGUGCAAAAAUGGAAGAUCAUCAUCCAUUCGGCUGCGAUGUGAUCCCAGUGUUACAGUGAAAAACUAUAUUUCUCCACCAAGUAACUGCUCAGAGGGCACAUGUGACGGCUGCUCUUUCCACUUCCUGUGGCGCUCACAGCAGGCCUGUCCUCUCUGCUCAGAGAGGAACUAUAAGGAGAUUGUCAGCGCCUGCAUCCAGGGAAUUCAGAGGACGACGUAUGUCUGGCAGCAGCCUCUGAGGUGCACAGGCGGUGUGUCUCUGCCUCCUCUGAAAAUCAGCACCUGUGUGACGCUCGACUUCUGGCUCAAGUUUGGCGUCUCCAUUGGAACUGUGGCAGCCGUGUUGCUCAUUACCAUCAGCUGCUACUUCUGGAAAAGGACACGCAAGCUUCAGUAUAAGUACUCCAAGCUCAUGAUGACAGCAGGAGAUAAAGAGUGUGAGCUUCCAGCAGCCGACAGCUGUGCCAUUAUGGAGGGAGAAGAUGCAGAGGAUGACCUCAUCUACCUCUCCAAAAAACCCUUCUUCAGGAAAAUCAAGUCCUUUUCCAGAGAGAGAACAUCUGAUGGCUUUGACUCCGUUCCUCUGAAAUCCUCUGCUGCACAGGAGAUUGAGAUGAGCUAGAACUUCUUACAUGUUUGACUGCCGUAAUUCAUUUAGCAGAUGCUUUUAUCCAAAGUGACUUACAGGAAUACAACAAGCAAUUCAACAUAAAGAGCAAAUAAAUGCAUUAAGUGCUCAUAAUACAAAGUUUCAGGUUUAAAGUACAAGCUAGAAUUAAGCCAAUUAAGAGAAUGUGAAAGAUGAGAUGAGUUUUCAGCAGUCUCUUCUGAAUAUUGUGAAGCAUUCAGUGCUAUGGAUGGGGUUGAGAAGAUCAUUCCACCAGCAGGGAACAGUGAAGGAUCUGGAAAGUGUGUUUUUUUUUCCAACUCAGGCUUUUGAAGGAGAUAGAGACUCACACGUGCGAGUAGAAGUUUGCAUAGCUGUGACAUUCUCGACAUAUUAGAACUUUUUUUUUUCACCAAAGAGACUGAGUACACCAAUAAACCUGUGAUUUUUCUUGAUAUUUGCCAAUUCAGUCUACGUACAGGCUAAAAACGAGUGGCAAAUGCAGAAAAUUUAAAAAUAUUUUAUGCUGUGAGCCUUCUCUUCAGCAUUGUCAACUUUUUGAUGAUCGUAAUGGCUUAUAAAAAUGUUAUACAAACUUUUUAUACAAAUGCAAUGUUGGAAAAUCUACAUUACAAUUGUCAUUAGACCAUCUUUUAAGUUUCUCUGAAGUUUUCAGUUUUUCUUGAUUAACAUAUUUAAUAUGAGUUUGAGCAAACCCGAUUUUCCCCCAGAAUUUGAUAUUUGGUCAGAAUAUUUUUUUUAUUGUUGAACCCAAAAAUACAUAGAUUUUCAUUUGAUAGUUACACUUGCCUUAAAGCUUUUGUUUUGUAGAAUUUAUGUUGUGUGACAUUUUCUUCCCUUUUGGUAGGCUAUUUUAUUGUAUUUUAUGUCUUAUUUGAUGUAUAUAUCUUGUUUGUGAUGUUUCGUAAAUAAUACACGUGAUAUUAAAAACG